GCCCCGGGCGCGCGGCGGCCCAGGUGUGUGUGUGUGAGUGUGUGUGUGUGUGUGUGUGAGUGUGUGUGUGUGUGUGUGAGUGUAUGUGUGUGAGUGUGUGUGUGAGUGUGUGUGAGUGUGUGAGGGCGCGAGGGUGCCGCCGCCGAGCGCCAGCAGGACCCGCGGGCGCGCUCCCCAGCCUCUCUCUCGCUCUCCCCCCCUCCCGCCAGAACCAUGUCGGGCAGGUCGGUUCGAGCCGAGACCAGGAGCCGGGCCAAAGAUGAUAUCAAGAGGGUCAUGGCGGCUAUCGAGAAAGUGCGCAAAUGGGAGAAGAAGUGGGUGACCGUUGGUGACACAUCCCUCCGAAUCUACAAAUGGGUCCCUGUGACAGAGCCAAAAGUUGAUGAUAAAAGCAAGAAUAAGAAGAAAGGCAAGGACGAAAAGUGUGGCUCAGAGGUGACCACUCCCGAGAACAGCUCCUCACCAGGGAUGAUGGACAUGCACGAUGAUAACAGCAACCAGAGUUCCAUAGCAGACGCCUCCCCCAUCAAACAGGAGAACAGCAGCAACUCUAGCCCUGCCCCAGAGCCUAAUGCAGCUGUGCCCAGUGAUGGCACUGAAGCCAAGGUGGAUGAGGUGCAGGCUGAUGGGAAAGAGCUCACUGGAGCUGAAGAUGCUUCUGACGAGCAGAACUCACAGUCUUCAAUGGAAAACUCGAACAGCUCAGAGAAAGCAGAACGGCAGCCAUCUACAGAGUCAGGGCUGGUGACAGAGAUGUCGGCAAUCUCUCAGGAUUUGGAAGGAGCACCACCCUCUAAAAAGAUGAAGCUGGAGGCCUCUCAACAGAACUCAGAAGAGAUGUAGACACUGAGUGGAACCCUCCGGUCCAUGUUUCAUGGCAGGUACAUCAGCAGGCUUAAUUCUAGAACAACAUUGCCCGAGUGAUUCCUCUUGGGUGCGAACAGAACUACUAAUGUUUCAAGUUUACCAAGUGCAAAUCCAAGAAAACCUAGAACAGCAUAACUUCUCGGACACUGACGAACUCUGCUGUGAAGCAAAACACUCGAACCUUGAAGUGACUGUCCUGGGGAGGCGGGUUGACAGCUCAGGAGUGUCUGCACACUGUCUCGGAAGCCAAGAUUACAUUUUGUGUUGCUGCUGUAUUUUUCCCCCACUUCUCUAUUUAACGAUAUAAGCUAUUUGAGGGUGGUAUCGAUCAGGAAUUCACUUUUUGUCGGGGCUUUUCACUGUUCAACCAGUUCCUUCCACUUUCUUUUUUUGUGCCUUGUGCCCUUGAGGUGACCUCUGGCAUGUUUCCUGGUUUUUGCAUCUUCUUGCAAAGUGCCCUCUCAUUUUGUUUGGGGCAGCUACUGCCCCUUACUGCCUCUCUUCCCUGCCCCAGGACUGCUUCAGAGCAGGCAGGGUGGAGCCACCAGAGAACAGGUGCCCUUCAGUGGCUCCUAUUUCAGAUGGGCAGUGCUUAGGCAUGCCCUAAGCCCUUGAUGGGGUCAGCCUCAAUUUCCAGGGCCUCUGGGGUUACAGUGUCAACCCCAUUCCCCAAGGGCUGGCUUCCUUGGUCCAGGACAUGUUUGUACCUCCUGGAUCCAUGGGGGUUAGGGGUUUACAAGCCACAGAAGCCCAGAUUGAAAUGCAAAGCCCUUAGAUUCUUCUGGCACUUCCACCCUAUUACCUUCCCCACCACCACCACCUCCAUCACUGCUUUCUCCAGGAUCUCCGAAAACGAAAUGACUGACUGUGAGCUUGUCUCCUUGAGACAGUACGGGGCUUGGGAGGCUGGGAGCAUGCGGCAGGAAUAGCUGGUGCUGAACUUUCUCACGGGACAUUGCUUGGAUUUCAAAUCCAUGGAAACCUGCUGCCCUUUAUCCCCGUCUCCCAUGUCCCCAACCCCAGGCAAGAUGCUCCCGCAUCAUGUUCUGACUCUUAAGAGGCAACAGGUGGAUGGAGUCUCAUUCCCAGCACGUGUUAUUGGUCUCCACUGGGGAGCAGACCUUGAUGAUUGGGCCUCAAAGGUCAGAAACAAGGCACCAAGGAACCGGGAAGAUUUGCACACCCCCCCAGAAAGGAGCAACCGAGUCUACCCCUUCCCCCAAUUCCGCUUGCACCAGGACAGCCUCCUCUCACUCAGUGGAGACAGCCCUUUGGACAAACUGCCUGACUGUUCUGAGGCCUGGUUUGCUCUUAAUUAAUAUACGGACUCCUCAGACCUUAAAACUUUUCCUAAGCUUUCUUUAAUGCACUGGAGUUCUAACUCCCUUUGAGUUGUGUGUUACUGGGGUGGGGGGUGUUUUUGUUUUGUUCUGUUUUUUGCUAUUUGGUGCAUAUUCAGGUACCACCUUUGACGUGUGGCUCUUUCUCUGGACCACCAUGGGAAGUGUCUGCCAGGCUCCAUUUUCUCAGUUUCUGAGGGUGAAGCUCCUGUUUUUAAGGGAGCUUAUCUAUUUCCUGCAUUGCAAGAAGAACUGAAUGUUCCUGAACUUCAAAUACCUCAUGCAAAAAUGUCUCCUGAAAUAAGGGAAGAAAAAAAAAAAAAACUUUGAAAAUCUUGAUGUCAAUGUUAGCAAUGCUGAAAAUAUUUCUGUCUUAAAAGAAAAAAAAAAUUCUUGUGCUUAGCAAUUUUGCCCCUCAGGCAGCCAGUUCUAUAAAGAACUGUGUUCUGCAUCUUGGCUCCAAAGCAACCAGAUGCACAACCUGCAAAGUCUCUCAAGGUCAAGGCGGCUUUAUCUCCAGAUCCUAGAGUUAGGGCAACAUUUUUUCUUUUAUAACAAAACUCCAUUUUGAUGAAAGAUGAAUUUGGAUAUUUAUUUCUUUUUUGGGAAGCGAGAGGUUACAACAUAAACAGCUGAAGAAAAACCCAACACAUAUCCACGGAGCCAGCAGGGAGGCCAGGGCCACCUGCUCCUCUUCUGCCCACCGACGACUCUCCUGACAGUCAAGGGGAGUUGGUGCAGUUGAGGAUGAAGAUGAUGUCGUCCAUGGUACUGAGGCUAUCAUUAGUUUUUCUCUGAAGUGCCUGAAGGUAGGAAUGGGCCGUUGGUGGGGACCAACUGGGCUAACCCCCAUGGCCACGCCAGGCAAAGAGCCAGCAGCCCUGCACUCCACGCUGGCCAGGAAAGCCUUCCACGCUGAGCGGUCAGACUGCAAAAUCCAAUGUGCUUCCUUCCCCGCCGCGGGUCCUCUCCCUAGAGCCGCAGCUCCCUACCCCCUGCACCCCUCGCCCUCAUCCCCACCACAAAAUCUAAGACCUUUCAUCUGGCCGAGCCAGGGGCAGGGAAUCCUAAGCAAAUGCCUUCCAUGGACAUCAGGUCCCAUGGCCUAAAGGGCUCCCAGGGCAAACGUCCCCCAAAACUUGAAGGUGGGGGAACUGCAGCUACACAUUCCACAAAGUGCUGGCACUUACACCCACAACCCGGAAGGCUGUUGACCGAUUCUUAGAGGGUGGUGACCGCCCAUCAUCAGACAGUGUCAUGGUUUGGAAUGUUUAUUAUUGCCGAGGACCUGGUUAGAGGUAUAAAGUCCUUUUUUCACCGUUACUUAAUUUUUUCCUCUUAAAAAAAAUUUUUGGUGUGUUGUACAGCAGUAUAAUUUUUCACUUAUUUAUUCCAUCAGUAGGUAUGGUUUGUACAAUGUACAAUGGUUCCAUUUCAGAAAAUAAAAUAAAAAAAUCAGAUUAUGAGUUCA